CGAGCUGGUCCGUGAACAAACAGCAAGAGCCAACAAGGCUUUCCAGUUUCCACGAGAGGAAUACAGAAAAAAGAGAAAAGGAGGGCGAAGAUGACGCUGGGUCUUAUCAACGCCAACCCCGUGGUUCACGCUAAGAAGGAAAGGGUCGCUCGCACCGAAGAUCUUCACGGAGACGACGCCGUUGAUCCUCUAGAAAUCUAUGAUUUCGUGAGGGAUAUAAGAGAUCCGGAGCAUCCCUACUCUUUGGAACAGCUCAGCGUUCUUUCGGAGGAAUCGAUCACCGUUGAUGACAAGCUCGGUCGUAUUCUGAUCACUUUCACACCAACCAUCCAGCACUGCAGUAUGGCAACCGUAAUCGGCCUAUGCCUAAGAGUGAAACUAAAACAUUAUUUCCCUCCGCAUUAUAAGGUAGACAUCAAAGUAUCUCCUGGAUCUCAUGCAAACGAAGAAUCAGUUAACAAGCAGUUAAAUGAUAAGGAAAGAGUCGCUGCGGCCUUGGAGAAUCCCAACCUUCGCCAACUUGUGGAUGAGUGUCUGUACUCCAAUGACCUUUGAUCAAGUACACUUUCCUGCUCAAUUAGCCUAUGUACUGGGAAAACGUCACUAGUUGUCAAAUGCAAUAAGAAGUGGCUGUUCCUGUCUUGUGAAUUUUAUCUACCCAAUGUCAUUAGCUCCUCGCAGACUUGCUUACUAUUUGUUGCUUCACAUGGAUGUGUGAGGAACUGCAUGUUGAUAGUAGACUCUCUUAAUGCACAAUAUAAGUUUCUGAUUAUAUAAAUGGUUCUCAAUCUUGAAGACUA